UGCCUAUCAUUGGUGCAACCAUUCUCACCUCCCCUAACGGCUAUUCAGUCAGCAAAGCUGAUCAUUGAAGGUCUUAGCAGACUGAGUUGUUGACCAACAUAACUUGACAAAAGCAAUCAAUAUGCCACCUUUAAGAAGGUCACUCGUCUUCCUUUCUACCUCAAUCUUCUUUUGCAUGCUAUCUAUAUCUCCAAUUUCCUUGCUCCAUGGAUUUCAGUAGCAAAACCAUGUCCAUGUUAUUCAUAGCUACUUUGUUGCUGGAGCUGACUUGCAUUGCAGCUUCAGGCAAUAGAUCAAGACAGCAGGUGCUUUAUGUAAGCGAAGCUGCCGACCUGAUUAAGCUUCGCAAUUCCUUUAGCCCUCCUCUAAUCCUCUAUGCCAACUGGACUGGCUCUCCUUGCUCCACUAAUGGAUCCCAAUGGUUUGGCAUCACUUGCCAUAACUCAAGAGUGGCUGGCGUUUCCCUUCCAGGAAUGCGACUCUCAGGCUCCAUCCCUUCCACAGUUCUCCAAAAUCUGUGGUACUUGGCCUCCCUUGAUCUUAGCAAUAACGCCCUCUAUGGCAUGCUUCCUACUCUCCAGGGCCUUAUCAAUCUCCGAGUUGUCUCCUUUGCGAGUAAUCAAUUCUCGGGAGCGAUUCCUCUGCAGUUUGUGGCUCUGCCUAACUUAGCUAAGUUGGAGCUCCAGGAUAACAAUCUCAGUGGAACAAUUCCAGCAUUUGAUCAGCAAGCACUGGCGCGGUUCAAUGUGUCACACAACCACCUUGAAGGAAGAAUCCCGAGCAACCCUGUGUUGCAAGGGUUUCCUACCACUUCAUUUGCCAACAAUUUGCAGCUGUGUGGGAAGCCUUUGGCCAACCCAUGCUCCUCCCCAACUUCUCCAGCUCCUCCAAGCGCAGGCACCGCAGCGAGCAGUCAAUCGAGCGGCAAGUCAUUGAGGUCUUGGGCUAUUGUCCUGAUCGUGAUCAGUGCCCUGGCAGGCGUUUGCAUGGCGACGUUUUGCAUCUUGUUCUGCUUGAAGAGGCGGAGUAAGAAGGCCACAGAGAAAGCAUUUGAUCUAGAAGCUUCCCUCGCAAAGGGCUCAGGAACUUCAGAGAUCAUAUCAGAGGCGAAUCAAAACAAGAACUUGAUGUUCUACGACAGAGAGAAGGCUACCUGUGGCCUCGACGAUCUGAUGAGAUCUCCAGCAGAGUGGUUGGGAAAGGGGGAGUUGGGGAACACCUUCAGAGCAAUGCCGGAGUCGGGUCGUAUCAUGGUGGUGAAGAGGCUGCACGGCGUCAAUGGAGUCAGCAAGGAGGAGUUUGUCCAACAGAUGCAGCUACUGGGAAGGUUGAGGCACAAGAACCUGGUGGAGAUGCUUUCCUUCCACUGCUCCAAGGAGGAGAAGCUGGUCGUCUUUGAGCAUGUCUCCGGAGGAAACUUGUUUCAGCUUCUACAUGAUAACCGAGGCGAGGCAAGGAUCGUUUUGAAGUGGGCAGCGCGACUGAAUAUUGUGAAGGGAAUAUCAAGGGGCUUAGCCUAUCUCCAUGAGAGCACGCCGUUUCACAAAAUUCUGCAUGCAAACUUGAAGUCAUCAAAUGUUCUCAUUGAUCAUAACGAAGAAGGCAAAGAAUACAAUUCUAGGCUUACAGAUUAUGGUUUCUACUCUAUUCUACCUUCAACUCAAAUCCACAGCUUGGCGGUUGGAAAGGUACCUGAAUUUUCUCAGGGCAUGAAGCUUGCAGACAAGGCUGAUGUUUAUUGCUUCGGCCUCAUUCUCCUGGAAGUUGUUACUGGUCGAUUUCCGGGAGAUGAGGAAGAUCUACCGGGGUGGGUGAGAUCCAAUGUCACUAACGGACGGCCUACUGAUAUCCUGGACAUGGAAAUAGCUUCGGAGAAAGAGAGGUAUCCAGAUAUACUGAAGCUGACUCAAAUUGCUCUUGAUUGUUUAGAGAUAGAUCCUGAACGCCGUCCAGUUAUGAACGAAGUGGUCAAGAGAACAGAAGAAAUCUGAGAAAGAAGCAAAGCAAGUAGCCUAAAAUUAAAAAAAAAAAAUUGUUCCAUCAAACAUCUGGUGUGCCAAGUCUGUCAGCCUGGAUUGCAGUAUAACAGCAGAUUGGAGUUGUAAGAUUUUUAGUUAACUUAUCCUUGUUAGAUUAUUGCUGAGAAACAAAAUGCUAUCUUGCAAAUAUUACCAUGUCGAGAAUGUAAACUCAAAUUAGUGUUCUGUACAAAGUUUGGAUAGUCAGUUCGUUGUUCAAUUUUGUUAUAUUUUUAUUCGCAUAUUAUACCAUACUUGAAGAAAAAUUUACUCAAAUCAAGAUCAGUGUAUAUGAUCUAGAACAAGAUGAAAAUGGAUUUUGCAGAAAUUAAGAGCUUACAUUUAUUUUC